GGACCGGCUGCCUGGUGAAGGCCGUGGAGACGGCGGCGGAGCGCGAGGCGUUCAUCGUGGGCAAGCCCAACCGCUACAUGUUCGACUGCGUGGUGAGCGAGUUCAACAUCGACCCCGCGCGCACCAUCAUGGUGGGAGACCGCCUGGACACCGACAUCCUCAUGGGCAACAGCUGCGGCCUCACCACGCUGCUCACGCUCACGGGGGUCACCACGCUGGAGGACGUGAAGGGUCACCUGGAGAGCGGCUGUCCCGACAGGCAGCGCCUGGUCCCCGACUACUACGUCGAUAGUAUAGCCCUGCCGGCGCUGCAGGAUUAA